ACUGUGGACCUCCUCAUGCAAGAGUCAGGAUGUCGCUUAGAACAUCCCUCUGCCACCAAAUUCCGCAAUCAUGUCAUGGAAGGAGACUGGGAUAAGGCAGAAAAUGACCUGAAUGAGCUAAAGCCUUUAGUGCAUUCUCCUCAUGCGAUUGUGAGGAUGAAGUUUCUGCUGCUGCAGCAGAAGUACCUGGAAUAUCUGGAGGACGGCAAGGUGCUGGAGGCACUUCAGGUUCUGCGCUGCGAGCUGACGCCCCUGAAGUACAACACAGAGCGCAUUCACGUUCUCAGUGGGUAUCUGAUGUGUAGCCAUGCAGAAGACCUAAGAGCAAAAGCAGAAUGGGAAGGCAAAGGAACAGCUUCCCGAUCAAAACUGCUGGAUAAACUUCAGACCUAUUUACCACCAUCAGUGAUGCUUCCCCCACGGCGUUUACAGACCCUCCUGCGGCAGGCAGUGGAGCUACAAAGGGAUCGGUGCCUAUACCACAACACCAAACUUGAUAGUAAUCUGGAUUCUGUGUCUCUACUUAUAGAUCAUGUUUGUAGUAGGAGACAAUUUCCCUGUUAUACUCAGCAAAUACUUACGGAGCAUUGUAAUGAAGUGUGGUUUUGUAAAUUCUCUAAUGAUGGCACUAAACUAGCAACAGGAUCAAAAGAUACAACCGUUAUCAUAUGGCAAGUUGAUUCGGAUACACACCUGUUGAAACUCCUAAAGACAUUGGAAGGACAUGCUUACGGUGUUUCAUACAUUGCAUGGAGUCCAGAUGACAACUACCUUGUUGCUUGUGGCCCCGAUGACUGCUCUGAGCUCUGGCUUUGGAACGUACAAACAGGAGAACUGAGAACAAAGAUGAGCCAGUCUCAUGAAGACAGUUUGACAAGUGUGGCUUGGAAUCCGGACGGCAAGCGCUUUGUGACUGGAGGCCAGCGUGGGCAGUUCUACCAGUGUGAUCUGGAUGGAAAUCUCCUGGACUCCUGGGAGGGGGUGAGAGUGCAAUGCCUUUGGUGUUUGAGUGACGGGAAGACUGUCCUGGCGUCAGAUACACACCAGCGGAUCCGGGGGUAUAACUUCGAGGACCUCACAGAUAGGAACAUAGUACAAGAAGAUCAUCCUAUUAUGUCUUUUACAAUUUCAAAAAAUGGCCGAUUAGCUUUGUUAAAUGUAGCUACUCAGGGAGUUCAUUUAUGGGACUUGCAAGACAGAGUUUUAGUAAGGAAGUAUCAAGGUGUUACUCAAGGGUUUUAUACGAUUCAUUCAUGUUUUGGAGGCCAUAAUGAAGACUUCAUCGCUAGUGGCAGUGAAGGUAAAUGA